UCAUUCUGGUACACUGGCUGCUCACAAUCUGGGGGUGCAUGAAUUACUUCUUUCCAGCCUCCUAUGCCUGGGGAAACUUCAGUGUACUUGCCGUGGGGAUCUGGGCCAUUGUGCAGCGAGAUUCCCUCGAUGCCAUCAUGAUGUUCCUGACUGGCCUGCUGCUCACAGUCCUCACAGACAUCAUUCACAUCAGUGUCUUCUAUCCUCAAAACAACUAUCUCACUGACUUGAAGCGUUUCAGUGUAGGCAUGGCCAUCCUCAGCCUCCUUCUCAAGCCGGUGUCCUGCUAUUUUGUGUAUCAAAUGUACCGGGAACGCGGAGGAGAGUACACCUUUAACAUAGGCCUCAUCCGUGCAGGCCAGGAUCGCAGCACCUAUGAGCCAAUUGAUCGUCAAGAUGCCUCUCCACAGUGGCCUGAGGCGAGCAAGUCAGGCCAGCAUCCGUACUGAGGCCCUCGCCUGGAACAGCAAACAGAUACCUCCCUCGCCCAGUCCAGCCUUACGUUCCUCCCGUGUCUGUUCUGAUGGAGCAAGACCUGCUACUAAGCAAACAGGAGAGGAUCUAAUUUUACUUUCUUCUGCCUCCCUGAAGGUUAGGCAGAUGGUUUCCUUCAGUAAGUCCAGAAGAUCUGAGAUGCCAUGUUAAGUGCUGUGACUCUUUGUAAUCACAGUACGCUCUCCUUCCUCCCUCCCCCUGAAGCUCUUCUCUGUCUGUGUGAGUGGAAGCAUCUUCUGCAGUCUGCCAUGUCUUGUACUGUGUGUGCUCUUUACUGUAAGUAAGGGAAUCAAAAUAUUUUUGGACGAGCUGACUUUAAAAGACUCAUGGUCUGCCUUCAAACGAUACAGGAGUUUAGCCCGCUUUUAUGAAGAUAUAUCUCCAGGAAACAUCUGGGAGUUCUGGAGCACUGGUUUUGACCCUAUUAUUUAACUAAGAUUUAUGAUGAGAAAUCCCCGUGCUAGCUAUGGUGGUUUGCACGCAGCUGGGGUUGGUAUAAAAUGCUCUUACUGGGCCAGGGAGCUGCUUGUGCUUCCAGUAUCUAGCCUUGGGUUUUAUUCAUUGUGGCUUAUAUGCAAACCGAAUGUCCUUCAGGAUGUUAGGAUGUCCUUAAAAUGACUGUUAAAUGUAGGUUGCAGAUACUGUGCCUUGAAAUAUCCUUUUGCCUUCAGCUGCUUAUCUUAACAGAACUUGAAAUGUUACAUUUUUUCUAAGAAAACUAUAAAAUGAACACAGUUCUUCUGUGUUAAAAAAGAAUUCACUGGUCACCUAUGUCUCAUUUGAAAAUGCAGAUAUUCCUGAUGGGUUGUGACUAUAGCCAGGGAGCCUGGAAAAGUCAUUACAGGAGGAGGUCUGCAGGGCUUCAAUGGGUUUUAGUCUAAGCUUUACUCAGAAAAGUAGAGGGUACCUUCACUGCCCAUGCUCUGCUGUGCAGUGAGCUAGUAAAUUAACACUGGGGAAAUGAAAAGGUGAGUUUGUGUGGCUUUUUACACUGUAGUGACGAACAACUUGGGGUGUUACAAACUUCAAAUUCUGAUCUUACAAUAAAUCUGCCCUGCCGUGGCUUUCAGUGUAAAAACCCUAAACAAGGAAAAGGUGUCCAAGAGGUUUCCUUGGAAGAAAAAGAGCAUGGGAACAUUGGCAGAGUGAAAACUGUGGGGAGGAUCUGUGUUUUUCUGAGGCAGGUUCACUUUUGAAUUACACAUCUGUUAUUCUACAAUUGCAUUUCUCUGACAAGACCUGUUGUUGCAUUGACUCUUCAGUGACCACGAGUCCCUGUUAACUUUGCUCUAAGCUCUAGAACCAUUAUAUUUGUAUGUUUAAAAACAGAUAGUUUUCCCCCCCACUGAGUUUCAUCACUUUAAACAUCAACAGAUGCUUCAUCCACUAUGCUACACAAGCAGAGCAGUGAUCUGUUGCUUUGCUGCUGUACCUGAACUAUCCCCAUUUAUGCUUGGACCAAGCACAUGUUAAAUGACAUAAAAUUGCAGUAUUCUGAUCUACUUCUCUGUGUGUUGUACGUUCAUUUUGCAGGUAACUGCUGGCAUAGGCGUGCAGUAGGUGGCAGGCGUGCUGCCGUGCAGUAGAGCAGAGGACUAGGAGUGAGUCUGCUCUUGUGAUCAGAUGGGGAAGAAUGAAGAUUAGGUAGGCAGAAGUUUCUGUUUUUGCAGAGUUGCUGGUUCAAGCAUAGAGCAGACCUUUAUAUUCAGUUAACUUUUUUUUUUUUUUUUAGGCCUUUUCAGCUCUGCAGAAAUGUACAGUGGCAGUGCUGAUCCCUGAACAACACAUUUAAAUACUCUGGUGAUGGGCUGUUUUUUCUUCCCUAGACCUGCAGGACUCAGUGGACCACACGUUGAAAAUGACUUUUUAAAAUGUAAUGCUUUUGGGGGAUUUGCAUGGACACGAGGGUACUUCUCAUGAGGCACGCCCAGACAUUUUCCAUACUACAAUAUCUGUAGGUGCCCCUUCAGCUGAUCUGCUGUGCACAGCGAAUUCAACGGAUCUCACAGCUCAGAGGAGCAAAGCUGGGCAGAGGUGUUGAUAUGCUUACUGUGAAUUAAGGAUGCCAACUUGGGGCAGUAAAUCGGAGACAGGGAGGACAAUAAAAACCUGGCCUCUCUCCUGGCUUCUAACAACCGGUUCUUAUUUCUGGAGGAGGGUUGUUGUUUAGAC